UGCAGAUACGACAUUUGCAUCUACAAGAACAAACCCUGUGGCACCCUGGGCCUGGCCCCCGUGGGCGGGAUGUGCGAGCGGGAGAGAAGCUGCAGCAUCAACGAGGACAUCGGCCUGGCCACGGCCUUCACCAUCGCCCACGAGAUCGGCCACACGUUCGGCAUGAACCACGAUGGGGUUGGCAACAGCUGCGGCUCCCGGGGGCAGGAGACGGCCAAGCUGAUGGCUGCCCACAUCACCAUGAAGACCAACCCGUUCGUGUGGUCCACGUGCAGCAGGGAUUACAUCACCAGCUUCCUGGACUCUGGGAUGGGACUGUGCCUGAACAACGCUCCUCCCAAGCAGGACUUUGUCUACCCCACCGUGGCUCCGGGCCAGGCCUACGAUGCAGACGAGCAGUGCCGCUUCCAGUACGGAGUUAAAUCUCGCCAGUGUAAAUACGGGGAAGUCUGCAGCGAGUUAUGGUGCCUGAGUAAAAGCAACCGCUGCAUCACCAACAGCAUCCCUGCUGCCGAGGGGACCAUCUGCCAAACCAACACCAUUGAGAAGGGGUGGUGCUACAAGAGGGAGUGUGUGCCCUUUGGAACCCGACCUGAGGGCGUGGAUGGAGCCUGGGGGUCCUGGUCGUCCUGGGGGGAAUGCAGCAGGACGUGCGGCGGUGGCGUGUCCUCGUCCGUGCGCCACUGCGACAGCCCACGGCCCACGAUCGGAGGAAAGUACUGCCUGGGAGAGAGGAAGAGGUACCGCUCCUGCAACACCGAUGACUGCCCACCUGGCUCCCAGGACUUCCGAGAGCUCCAGUGCGCCGAGUUCGACAACGUCCCCUUCCGAGGGAAGUACUACACCUGGAAAACCUACCGUGGGGGGGGUGUGAAGGCCUGUUCCCUCAACUGCCUGGCCGAGGGCUUCAACUUCUACACGGAGCGGGCGGCGGCCGUGGUGGACGGGACCCCGUGUCGGCAGGACUCCAACGACAUCUGCGUCAACGGGGAGUGCAAGCACGUGGGCUGUGACCGUGUCCUGGGCUCAGACUCGAAGGAGGACAAGUGUCGUGUGUGUGGGGGCGACGGCAGCUCCUGCGAGACCAUCGAGGGCGUCUUCAACCAGUCCCUGCCAGAGGGAGGUUAUGAGGAGGUGAUCCAGAUUCCCAAGGGCUCCGUCCACAUCGACAUCCGGGAGCUGAACCUGUCUAUCAACUACCUGGCGCUGAGAGGGGAGAGUGGCGAGUAUUUCAUCAACGGGCGGCUCUCCAUCGAUCCCCCCCGGCGCUUCGACAUCGCCGGCACCACAUUCCACUACAGGAGAUCCCCUGAGGAGCCCGAGUCACUGGAGGCCUUGGGACCCACCAACAUCACCCUCUUUGUCAUGGUCCUGGUGCGGACGGAGCAGCAGGGGAUCCGCUACAAGUUCAACGCCCCCAUCAGCAGGGACGGCUCCAACCAGUAUUCCUGGCACUACACCCCAUGGACCAAAUGCUCUGUGCUGUGUGCAGGGGGCAGCCAGAUCCAGUCUGUGGUGUGCAGGAAACUUUCUGAUGGCUCGACUGUCUCCAACCAUUUCUGCAGCCCUGACACCAAACUGCUGGAGAGGCAGAGGCCGUGCAACACCGAGCCGUGUCCCCCAGCGUGGGUGAUUGGGAACUGGUCUGAGUGCAGCCGGAGCUGCAACGAGGGCGUCCGCACGCGCAGCGUCUUCUGCAAGCGCAAGAUCUCUGCCAGCGAGGAGAAGACCUUGGAUGAUGCCUCUUGCUCCCACCCACGGCCAAAGAUGCUGGAGCCCUGUAACAACCAGACGUGCCCUCCAGAGUGGGUGGCCCUGGACUGGUCAGAGUGCACCCCAAACUGCGGCCCCGGCUUCCGCCACCGCAUCGUCCUGUGCAAGAGCGGCGACCACAGCGCGACCCUGCCCACGUCCCAGUGCCACGAGGCCUCCAAGCCCCCCACCAGCAUGAGGUGCAACCUGCGGCGCUGCCCCCCGCCCCGCUGGGUCACCGGCGAGUGGGGAGAGUGCUCUGCCCAGUGUGGCCUGGGCCAGCAGAGGAGAUCCGUCCAGUGCCUGGCCCACACCGGGCAGCCGUCCAGCGAGUGUGUGGAGGCCCUGCAGCCCCCAGGGAUGCAGCAGUGCGAGACCAAGUGCGAGUCAGGACCUACGGACAACCCUGAGGAGUGCAAGGAUGUGAACAAGGUGGCCUACUGCCCGCUCGUCCUGAAGUUCAAGUUCUGCAGCCGGACCUACUUCCGACAGAUGUGCUGUAAAACCUGCCAGGGGCAUUAGGGACACAGCCUGACCCCCGUGGGAAAACUGGAAGGCAAAAGCUAUGCCGGAGGGUCACCGAGCCGGGCCCUUCCCCUCCAACCUGGGAAUCUCCCCCGGCUCCAACACAGACACCGCUCGUGCUUCCAGUGGGGAGCCGGCGCCACCCAAACCCCCCAAAGACCAGCACCCUUCGCCCCCUGAGCUCCACGAUGGCAGGUUCCCAGUGAAACUAUGGCAGCUCCCAGCAUGGAUGAGCGGUGGGAGAGCGGGAAUGCGGGCAGGGACAUUACUUGAAGUUCUGAUGUUGUUAUUUAUUAGUCACGGGCCCAGGUC